CAGAUAAUGCUACUGACCGUCAGGUCCGACUCUCAAAUAUGACAAUGAAGUCGAGGGAGUGUCAGCAGCACACUAUUGCUUGUUUCUUUAACGGAUUGACUUUCUGUUCUGACUUCAUACUGUCAACGUUGCCGAUUAGGAUUUACUGAGGACCCAACUCGUAACAUUUUUCAUCGUCUCAUUUUUUUUUUUUAAUGUAUGGGACAAUGUUGCGAAUGCCAAGAAUUACUGUAGGUAAAGCACUACAAUGCAGUCGUUCCCAUCGUCGUUCAGAGAGAUUUCACCAUUCACGAAUAUCAUGGAAAAGGCAAGUGUGCAGGAAUGGAUCAUCGGAUGGUCUCGUUUUGCCGGUGUAUAAAGGGAAGAAUAUAUCCCAGCUGUCGUGUCUUAGACCGGGAGGGUUGAUUCUAACCAGGUUUGUGUGGAAACUCUCCAGACAAACCAUAGGUUUCUACAGCACAUCUACAGACUCCAAACAAACCUCAACGCCUUUGGAAAAUCAGGACAGUAAAGUUAGCAAAUCAGAAAACUCACUGCAUGUACCAUCAGGAGAUGUCAAGAAGUUGCUGAAUCUUAUAUAUCCACAAAGAUGGAGACUGUCAGCGGCUGUGGGAUUUCUGGUGGUCAAUAGCUCUGUCACCAUGUCUGCACCAUUUUUUCUGGGAAGAGUGAUUGACACCAUCUACACCAGCCCUACAGAUGACUUUACAGCCUCCCUCACUUCUCUCUGUAUCAUGCUAACCGGAGUCUUCCUCUGUGGUGGGGCUGCAAAUGCUGCUCGUAUCUACCUCAUACAAACCUCAGGGCAACAGAUUGUGCGAAACUUGCGCGAAUCCCUUUUCUCCUCCAUUUUGAAGCAGGAGGUUGGAUUCUUUGAUAAGAACAGAACUGGUGAGCUCAUUAACCGCCUUUCUGCAGACACUGUCAUUGUUGGACGCUGUCUCACUGACAAUCUGUCUCAUGGACUGCGGUCCCUCGCACAGGCAGGGGCUGGAAUUGGCAUGAUGUUAUAUGUGUCACCCAGUCUGACAGCCUUUGUGUUGAUGGUUGUUCCUUCCAUCGCUUUUCUGGCUUUAAUGUUUGGACAAUUUCACCGCUCCAUAUCCAGACGCAUGCAGGAUGCACUGGCAGCAGUCACACAGUUGGCAGAGGAGAGAAUCGGCAACAUACGGACAGUUCGGGCUUUUGGAAAAGAGCUGACAGAGUUGCAGAAGUAUGCAGAAAAGAUUGACCAUGUUUUAGAAAUAGCUAAGAAAGAAGCUGUGGUUACUGCUGGAUACUAUGGAGUGACAGGACUGAGUAUACACAUUACCAUGCUAAGUGUGUUGUAUAAAGGAGGUCUGCUAAUGGCCAGUGAGGCCAUGACAGUUGGGCAGAUUUCCUCUUUCCUCAUGUAUGCCUUUUGGGUGGGCAUCAGCAUAGAAGGUUUCAGCUCAUUUUACUCAGAGCUGAUGAAGGGGCUUGGUGCUGGUACUCGUCUAUGGGAACUAAUGGACAGAAAGCCUGAAUUUCCUCUCAGUGAGGGGCUUGUUUUAAGACCAGAACAGUUAAAGGGAGAACUGGAGUUUCGGAAUGUGUCCUUUGCUUACCCAACAAGGAAGGAUGCAUCCAUAUUCCAGGAUUUAAGUCUGCAUGUACCAGCGGGGUCAGUAAUGGCAGUGGUGGGACCCAGCGGCUCAGGCAAAUCCACUCUGGUGUCGCUGUUGCUCCGCUUGUACGACCCUGAUUCAGGUAUGGUCACUGUUGAUGGCCAUGAUAUACGAGACUUGAGUCCUUAUUGGCUGAGAAGUCACAUUGGUACUGUAAGCCAGGAGCCGGUUCUUUUCUCCUGCUCUAUUGCUGAAAACAUUGCUUAUGGAGCAACAGACCCGAGUCAGGUCACAGCAACGGACAUCUACAGGGCAGCGCAGAUCGCCAAUGCUCAUGACUUCAUCCAGGACUUCCCCAAGGGCUAUGAUACAGUUGUAGGAGAGAAAGGAGUCCUGCUGUCAGGUGGACAAAAACAAAGGGUUGCCAUUGCACGAGCCAUGCUAAAGAAUCCCAAAAUACUUCUUUUAGACGAAGCUACAAGUGCUCUGGAUACAGAGAAUGAGUUCCUGGUCCAAGAGGCAUUGGAUCGUCUAAUGCACAAUCGCACUGUCUUGAUCAUUGCUCACCGUCUGUCUACCAUCCAGAGUGCAGAUGCCGUGGCUGUGCUGGAUCAACACCGUGUGGUGGAGAUCGGCAGUCAUGCCCAGCUCCUCGCUAACGACCAAGGGCUCUUCCGCAAGCUAAUGGAGAAACAAGCCUUCAUGCAGGCCGAGCAGAAACAGGCUCUCUACAUCCAAGACCCUGAUAGACAAAUCAAACAAGCAGAGCUCCAGUACAUUGCUCAUUCAUCUCAAACAGUGUAUCUGGAAGAGGGUAUCUACCUCCACCCAUGUGUGAGUAAGAAGAAGGGCCACGUCUUGGAUUUUUUCUUCUGUGACAAGAUUCUCCUCAAACUGUUUCAGCAACUUUCCACAUUAUAUAUAUCACCAGCCAAACAGGAGUUCAGGAGGUUUUCCAGCGCAAGCAAAGUGAGUCCCCAGUUCGAUGCACUGAACGUCUUCUCAAUAUCUAGCUCAUCUGUGAAGCCCAAAGCACUGAGAAUCAAGCUUGUAAACUUUAUUUUUGGACGUCUGUUGUUUUUGUUUUUUUUAAUGUAUGGGACAAUGUUGCGAAUACCGAGAUUUACUGUUGGGAAAGUACUACAAUGUAGUAUUUCCUGCUGUCGUCCAGAUAGAUUUCACCAUUCACGAAUAUCGUGGAAAAGGCAAGUGUGCAGGAAUGGAUCAGAUGUUGUUGUUUUGCCUGUGUAUAAAAGAAUGAAUGUAUCCCAGCUGCCGUGUCUCAGACCCGAAGGGUUGUUUGCAUCCAAUUUUUUGGCAAAACACUCCAGACACACCAUUGCUUUUUAUAGCACAUCUACAGACUCCAAACAAACCUCAACGACUGUGGAAAAUCAGGACAGUAAAGUUAACACAUCAGAAAACUCACUGCAUGUACCAUCAGGAGAUGUGAAGAAGUUGCUGAAUCUUGCACAUCCACAGAGAUGGAGACUGUCAGCGGCUGUGGGUUUUCUGGUGGUCUCCAGCGCUGUCACCAUGUCUGCACCAUUUUUUCUGGGAAGAGUGAUUGACACCAUCUACACCAGUCCUACAGAGGACUUCACAGCCUCCCUCACUUCUCUCUGUAUCAUGCUAACCGGAGUCUUCCUCUGUGGUGGGGCUGCAAAUGCUGCUCGCGUCUACCUCAUGCAAAUAUCAGGGCAACAGAUUGUACGAAACUUGCGUGAAUCCCUUUUCUCCUCCAUUUUGAAGCAGGAGGUUGGAUUCUUUGAUAAGACCAGAACUGGUGAGCUCAUUAACCGCCUUUCUGCAGACACCACCAUCGUUGGACGCUGCCUCACUGACAAUCUGUCUGAUGGACUCCGAUCCCUCGCCCAGGCAGGAGCUGGAGUUGGCAUGAUGUUAUAUGUGUCACCUAGUCUGGCGGCCUUUGUGCUGAUGAUUGUUCCUCCUGUUGCUUUAAUGGCUGUAAUUUUUGGUCGAUUUCUCCGCUCCAUAUCCAGACGCACACAGGAUGCACUGGCAGCGGCCACGCAAUUGGCAGAGGAGAGGAUCAGCAACAUGCGGACAGUUCGGGCUUUUGGAAAAGAGCUGAUAGAGUUGCAGAAGUAUGCAGAAAAGGUUGACCACGUUUUAGAACUAGCUAAGAAAGAAGCUGUGGUUUCUGCUGGAUUUUAUGGAGUGACAGGACUGAGUGGAAACGUUAUCAUGCUGAGUGUGUUGUAUAAAGGAGGUCUGCUAAUGGCCAGUGAGGCCAUGACAGUUGGGCAGCUCUCCUCUUUCCUCAUGUAUGCCUUUUGGGUAGGCAUCAGCAUCGCAGGUUUCAGCUCAUUUUACUCAGAGCUGAUGAAGGGGCUUGGUGCUGGUACUCGUCUAUGGGAACUAAUGGACCGAAAGCCUGAAUUUCCUCUCAAUGAGGGGCUUGUGUUAAAACCAGAACAGUUAAAGGGAGAACUGGAGUUUCAGAAUGUGUCCUUUGCUUACCCAACAAGGAAGGAUGCAUCCAUAUUCCAGGAUCUAAGUCUGCAUGUACCAGCGGGGUCAGUGAUGGCAGUGGUGGGACCCAGCGGCUCAGGCAAAUCAACUCUGGUGUCGCUGUUGCUCCGCUUGUACGACCCUGAUUCAGGUAUGGUCACAGUUGAUGGCCAUGAUAUACGAGACUUGAAUCCUUAUUGGCUGAGGAGUCACAUUGGUACUGUAAGCCAGGAGCCGGUUCUUUUCUCCUGCUCUAUUGCUGAAAACAUUGCUUAUGGAGCAACAGACCCGAGUCAGGUCACAGCACAGGACAUCUACAGGGCAGCGCAGAUCGCCAAUGCUCAUGACUUCAUCCAGGACUUCCCCAAGGGCUAUGAUACAGUUGUAGGAGAGAAAGGAGUCCUGCUGUCAGGUGGACAAAAACAGAGGGUUGCCAUAGCACGAGCCAUGCUAAAGAAUCCCAAAAUACUCCUAUUGGAUGAAGCCACAAGUGCUCUGGAUGCAGAGAAUGAGUUCCUGGUCCAAGAGGCAUUGGAUCGUCUAAUGCACAAUCGCACUGUCUUGAUCAUUGCUCACCGUCUGUCUACCAUCCAGAGUGCAGAUGCCGUGGCUGUGCUGGAUCAACACCGUGUGGUGGAGAUCGGCAGUCAUGCCCAGCUCCUCGCUAACGACCAAGGGCUCUUCCGCAAGCUAAUGGAGAAACAAGCCUUCAUGCAGGCCGAGCAGAAACAGGCUCUCUUAAAAUAGAAGAGACAGUCAUUUAAAGACAACAAAGAGAGAGGGUGUAAAUUCAGACAUCAUGUUUAAAGGCUGUAUAUAUCAUGAUUUUUGGUUAUGUGCACUCCCAAAUUAAAUAUCUAUUUAGCCUUUGCUGUAUUACAAACUGCUAAAUAACUGGAAACCAGUUGUAUGCUGAUAAUUGUUUGUUACAUAGAGCUGCUGUUAUCUUUAUUAAAUGGCAGAUUGUCAUAGCAUGCAUUGCUGUGGACAUACUUUUAGACUCGUAAGAGUUGCAAAAAUGUUUGCUUUUUCAGUACAGAAGUGAGGCAAAUGAGAAAACUUGAAAAAGAUCUGAGGUGGAUUUAAGUCAAACAAUAUUGUAUUACUUUAAAAAAUGUGUAAAAUAGAAUGCACUAAUUUAGUCACCAAUCACUAAGGAGUUAAUAUAUAAAUAAUUAUAUAAAUUAACAUUUUGAUAAAGAAGCAUAUUUUUCUUGGAUUAUAACAACAAUUGUGUUUUAAUAUUUUCUUUAUCUCCUUUCGUAUGACAAUGGCAAUUUUGUCACCACACAACUUUGGAAAGUAAACUCCAACCCAAUUUGUGUCAGUAGUAAGGAUAUUGUAUUAAAAGUAGAGAAAAGAUGAAUAUUAUUGUCACCAUUUUGGAGAACAAACACUAUAACAGAGAUAUUUUAACGUGAUUUACAGCCAAUAUAUAUUUAUAUGUGUGAUAAAAUGGAAAAUAUUCAGAAUUUUAGGAAUUUUUUUAUAUUCAGUGUACUAACUUAUUAGGUUUCAGUAUGUAAACAAAUGUGUAUGUUUAUCAGUUGUUUAUUUUCUACAAUAAAUUGCAUUGAAACAUUGAUUACA